AUCCUUCUCUCUCUCGUUCUCGCUUUCUUUCUCUCUUUCUUCCUCGUCGGCUUUGUUGGCUUCUCAUAUUUUUUUCCUUGUCUUCUCGUCUGCAAUGUCCAUCCAGCAGGGAGGACAAGCCGAGCAGCAGCAGCAGCAGCAGCAGAUGAGGGAGGAGCGCUCGUCGUUUGGCCGCCUUCGCAACCUGCUGCUGGACGACGACGUUGACCAACCUCAGCAACCACCACUCGAUGGUGAUGCUCAUGCUCGUUCUGCUGGUGAUGGUGAUGGUGAUGAUGGCGGUGAGGCAGUGGUGGUGGUCUUGGCGCACAAUCCGCUGCUCGCCAUUCAGCGUGUGCGCUGGUUUAGCGACGUCCGCUUUGCCCUCUCCCGCCGCCAAGACGCACAUCGCUACAUUGCUGUCGAUCGCCUGACAUUGGAGGACCCGCUCGUGCGCCUGGCGAUCGACCAGGCAACCGACUGCGACGCCGCGUCCUCCUCGCUCACUUCUUCUUACCCUGCUUCCUCUGCUUCCUCCUCGUCGACUCCCGCUCCAGCUGCCACGACUUCAAAUAACGCUCAGAUUUCUCGGCUUCGCAAUGAAAACAUGCGCCGCGCAUCGAAAAUCCUGUCAAACAUGGCCUCACGUUUGUCCACAGUGCUCAUCCGCUGCGUUGGUUGGACGCUCAGAAAGUGCCUCCGCGCCUUGUUCUCUGCCGUCUAUGUCCGCGUGGAUCAGAACGACCGGCUGCGCGAGGCUGCGCGCGCACAUCCGAAUGCGCCAAUCCUCUUCUUGCCAUCGCACAAGUCGCACAUUGACUACCUGCUCGUGUCGUACCUCGCGUUCGACGCCGACAUUUCCGUGCCACACAUCGCUGCUGGCGACAACUUGAACAUUUUCUUUUUCGGAGGGCUCGCACGUCGUGCAGGCGCCUUCUUUAUUCGCCGAAAGCUCGAGUCGGUGAUGCGAAGCGGUGCAAGACAGUCAAACACAAACGCGGAUCGCGGCAGCACCGCCGACCUGCUCGACCAAGGUAGCCAGGAUGGCACUGAUCCGACUUGGGAAGUUGGACUGGAUGAAAGUCCGAUGGGCUCGGCAUCACGGUCGCGCUCAGCAUCGGGCCCGUUGCUGCCGUGGCUGUUGCCUUCCCCGGUCGGAUCUGUGGUGUCCUUGACCGGCCAGUUGGAGGUCGCCGCUCCUUCUGGUGAGCAACAACAACAACCAUCACAACAACAUGCCAACAACACUCCUCCCCGACGACGCUCAGAUUCCCGAGCGACUGCGGCAACGCGGGAUACCGUGUACCGAGCUGUUCUCCGGUCCUAUGUGCGGAACUUGCUCCGUAUCGGUGGCCAUCUCGAGUUCUUCCUCGAAGGAGGCCGAUCGCGCUCUGGCAAGGUUGCCAUGCCAAAAUAUGGCCUGCUGUCCCUCGUUGUGGACACCUUCCUCGACAAUGAAGUCGAUGAUGUUCUGGUUGUUCCCAUCAAUGUCAGCUACGAUCAGAUUGUCGAAGGCGACUACGCUCGAGAGCUGAUGGGUGCUCCCAAGCAGCCAGAAUCCUUCUUUGGCACGCUGCGCGGUCUGGCGCGCACUGUGAUGCGCUCCUACGGCAGUCUGUACGUGGAUGUCGAAACACCAUUCUUGCUGACCGACUUUUUGCGCGCAGCCACACGUCCCGAACAAGCACAACAUUUGGCGCGCACUGCGUCCGUCGAUUCGCUGCACGCAGGUCGUCCUCACGACCUGGUCUUGACCCCUGCUCCAGCCUCGGCUUUCCUCGGAUCUUCUUCUUCUGCUUCUUCUUUUCCAUCAUCGAGCAAUACUUCGAUUGUUCCAGUCGCUUUGGCAGAUUUGCGGACGACGGUGCUGCCUGCUCUCACCCGCUCGCGUCGUCGCGAAAUUGUGGACGAGCUGGGACGUCGUGUCCUCCAUUCAGUCUCCAACCUGGCCACGCUUACAAGCACUGCGAUGGUGGCCUUGCUGUUUACAACACGUUUCCGCAAAGGAGCCUCGAUGUCUGAACUCACCAACGGCUUCAACUGGCUUGUUGCCGAGGCCUCGGCGCGCGGCCGAGCUGUUGGAUAUAUUCCUGGAGGCGAUGCAGAAGACGCAGUUGUCUACGCCUGCACUCUGCUUGGCGCAGAUCUUGUCGAUGUCAACGCCGAGGGAUUGAUUGUGCCCACGACCUCUGUUCCGAACAUUUUCACCAUGUGCUUCUACGCCAACCAAGCCGCAUCCAUGUUCCUCAUUGAUGCUGUUGUUGCUUCCGUCAUUCAUAUGCAUUUGAAGCGCGAGCUUGGUCUCCAGAACGAGCAGGAGGAUGAACUUCCCGUGCUUUCGCAACGACGGCGGAGCGCCAGCGUCUCGGGCGCGGUUGCUGCUGUAAAGUCCAACCCAAGUACACCCAAUCGCAAACGAGCCGCGUCGGUCUCGUCGCUCGAAUACGGCUUUUCAAUAUCGCACGACGAGCUGAUUGCUGGCGCGCAAGAGGUGUGCUCGAUUCUGGCCCACGAGUACAUUUUCCAUCGCCCUCACGAGACUCCGUUGGUCGAGCUGCUCAACCACGCCAUCGCCGGGCUUGUGAAGAACGACGUAUUGACCCUGGAAGAGACACUGCGCCCUGACUCUCCGGCUCGCUACGAAGUGUCGUUGGACCCCGCGUCGAUGGAAUUGGUUCGCUUCUUGCGAUUCACCAUCAAGCCCGUAAUUGACUCGUACUGGAUGUCCGCAUGUGCCUUGCUUCCGUUGCUGCAAGGGGAGCAGACCGAGUCCGCCUUUGUUCGCAACACUCAGCAGCUGGCGAACGAGUAUCUCCAGGCGGGAGUUCUCGAGUGCCCAGAGACAAUUUCGCGCGAAGCCAUCAAAAACGCCAUUCAAUUGCUCGAAUCUUGGGGUGUUGUGACCGUCCAAGUCGCAUCUGACGUUCGUACGCUUGUUCUGCGAGAACGCUACCAGUCGAGACCGGCACUUAUCGCCAUCGCCAAGUCCAUUGCCCAAUUUAGUUAAUACUUUCCCAAAAGUCAAAACGAUACACCAACACAAGAGUACAUGUGACUUGUACUCGAUUGAAAAACACAAGAUGAGACUAAAACCUAAACCCCA